CAGUCUGCCGCUGCCACCUCAGCCGCGCUCGGUGCCGACUGACGCCCGCCGCUCACCGCCGGGAGCUGACGGUCCCACCACGCUCGCCGCCGCCGCUGCCGGCACGACAGAUUCAUCCAUGAGCUCGGAUUUCCCACAUUACAACUUCAGGAUGCCUAAUAUUGGAUUCCAGAAUCUGCCACUCAACAUAUAUAUUGUGGUUUUUGGCACUGCUAUAUUUGUCUUCAUCCUUAGUUUACUCUUCUGUUGCUACUUGAUUAGGCUAAGACAUCAAGCACACAAAGAAUUUUAUGCCUACAAACAGGUUAUAUUAAAAGAAAAAGUAAAAGAACUGAAUUUACAUGAGCUCUGUGCAGUAUGCCUAGAAGACUUCAAGCCUCGAGAUGAGUUGGGGAUUUGUCCAUGUAAGCAUGCCUUCCACAGAAAGUGCCUUAUUAAGUGGCUGGAGGUUCGCAAAGUAUGUCCACUGUGCAACAUGCCGGUUCUGCAGCUGGCCCAGUUGCAUAGUAAGCAGGACCGUGGACCCCCACAGGGUCCCCUCCCUGGGGCAGAGAACAUUGUAUAGCUCAUCACAAGGAUCAAACUGUUGCAGAAGCCAAUGUCUGCGUGGAGCCAGGAGGAACACAAGCAGUCUCUGUGUUGGCUGCUCUACCUGGGGCACCAGCUGCUGCUUCCUUUGUCUAAUGAAGAACUCUUGGGCCAACUAGGCUGGGAACCGAGACUUCUGGAUCUUGUGACAACCAAAGUACUCUGACACUACCCCAUGCCAAGAGAAGAGGAGUAGAUGAGCCUGCGGGUUUGGUUCAAGAAACCUCAUGAGGGUCUCUUGCUAACUCCAUUGCACUCUGUCUCCCAGACACUUAUCUCCAUGUCAAGGUGAAUCUUUAUCAAGCAGAAGGGACGAUAAACACAAGUGUUAGAGAAGGGAACUGAGGGCAGGUCUUUAAAGCCACCCCCACCCCGACCCUGUGGACACAUGAGCUUCUAUGCAGACCGUGCACGCCUUUGCAACAGCAAACCCUCCUAGCAGCCCCAGCCAAGUAAAAACAGUGGUUACCUCAGCCCAAGCACAACCGGCUGCAGUGCCAGAGGCAGUGCCAACAAGGCUUUUCACGUUAUGUCCCUUUGAUAAGGCCAUCUUAGAACCCAAGGCUUUGGUUACAAAAAAGCAGCAGUACCCAUCACCACAGGUCCUGCCUCAAGUUCACAACACUUGCUUAUCAAAUCAUCUAAGCUAGAAACAUUAGAUGUGCUUGGAAAGGUCUGGUCAAAAGCCAUUUCCUCUUAUUUCCCCUCCUACUCACCAGUGAGGCACAGCCAAGCUGCCAUCAGGAGCCCCAGCAGGGGGUGGGCCUCUGAGCCCAUGCUGUCCCUGUAUGACCUGGGGGCCUCAGGGUGCUGCCCACAUUCCCACAUAUGCAGUGUGGUUCCAGCGUACCUGCUGGUCUUGGCCCACUGCCUCAGUAGGAAGCUGCUGUAAGCCCCUCACAUGGCUCCAAAGAGGAGCAUCUUACUGAUAACGGCCAGUCCCCUUGGCCCUGCUCAGCUGAGAGGAGGAUGCUAACCCCCUUGCUUCUCCCCAUCCUUCUCUCUGUUCUCUUCCCUCUCUUGCCCUCUCUUUCUACUCAAAAGAAAAUGCCCAUCGUUGACUUAACAAUUUGAAGUAUCACAAAUAAGAUCCCUAUGUAAUUCUGAAGCCAGGGAAAUGAUAGAAAUUGUGAAUAGUUUCAGGAAGCUCCUCCAAGGCUAUUCACCAUUGGUGUGUGCUUCAGUAUUUGGACUUGGAUAACUAACUGAAAGUGUCUUUAUAGGGGAGAAACACAUGCUGCUCUUUCACUCUUUCUCUCCAACUUUUCUAGAAAUGACUGAGUCUAGCAGGAUUCAUGACUAUUUUAUAAGUUAGCUAUGUGAAACAGCAUUGGGUCAGAUAGAAAGCUCUCUUCCACAGCCCUGCUCUCCACCUCCUUCCAUCACAGGGGUGGGACUCCUCAUCAACAGCUUUGCCUCUCUGCCCCAUCCCCCAAGUAUGAGUGGGGGCAGUUUCUCAUUGGAAAUACAGCCUGCAUGAUACGGAGAGUGGAGGAAACUUUGCUACUCUGUUCAUGGCGUAUCUCCAGGAAUUUUCUUGGAAUCCAGCCUCUACCGUCUUAGAAUGGGCGAGGGAACCUGUCCUUGGCUCAGGUGGCUGGGAUCAGAUGAGGAGGAAAAUUCCCAUUAGCCUAUAAAAAUGCUGGGCAGAAUCCAGUUUGGGAAAUUACAAAUCCAGUCGGUCGGAAUUGGCUGUACCCUAUGUGUGACCUAUUCAUGGUAUGCUAACUGGACUGCUUCUUUAAACAGGGCAAGGGAAGUGUGGAAUAUUUUUAUAUGAAAGCCUUAGUCUGUCUGGCACCCAUGAAAAGAACUAUUUGUACACUCCUACUUUCACCCUGUUUCUGCAUUCUCUAUUUUGUAGCACAAUAGAGUUGAAUGCUGCAAAGCACCCAGUUUAUAGUGAAAUGUUUUCAGUGACCAAUGUCAGAAGUAGGCUUACUUUGGACUAGCCUCAUUAAUAGCCAACGCUCACCAUUUUCACAUAAUGGCUUUGGGACAAAUGUCACCUCUUAGUUAUGGGGUUCCAAUAGGAAAUAGAACUUUUCCCUUCAAAGGAGGAAUUCUUGUGUUCUAUACUGCAAAUUAUUUCAUCGCACAGCUUUUGUAGGAUUAUAGCCUUUCAGUGCAUCAGUACCAAGGAGACAGCCUCACGAAGUCCCUCUAUUUGUAGGGAGGCAAAUUAAUUCAUCUCACGGUGUCACAGCUAAAGGCCAGUUGGACCAGAUAUUCAAAGCCCAUCCAUUAGAGGAAAGCUUGAGAGUGCUGUGCGCUCCCCACUAGGCACCAUCAUGGGUCUGCUUUACACCAUGACCUCAACACUUGUGAAUGUGCAGGGCUUUUAAAAACCCAGCUCUUCUAAGGUGGGGCUUGACACUGGAGUGGUUAAGAGUGUUCGCUCUGCUUAUAGUCAUCUUCCCUUUCUUGGCUUGGUGUCCUUCUAUUGCAGCAUGGCCAGUGUCACCUGCAGUAGUUAUUACUCUUAGCAACACAACGUGAAUGUGUUUGCUCCCCACAUCUGGGUCCUCCUCCAGAACGUCCCAGUGCUGCACUGCUGUAACUGAGAACGGCCAGGGUUUAAUUUAUGUCUUCCUUUAAUUCUAAUUAAAAUCACCGUUUUAUGUGAAGGACAAGGUCAAAUCUCCAUUCAAAAAAACUUAUUUUUAAAGAACAAGGAUCCCUUAAUACUCUUUGAUCAAGCUCACACCUCACAGUGAGGCUGCCCUGUCCAAAUCUAUCUCCAUGAGUUGUUGACCUUUUGUUAAUCUGUAUACAUGUGAGGACUCUGGUCUGCUUUUGGGUCACUGGCAGGUAACGUGAUUUUUUUAACUUCAUCUUAAUGUGUCUUAAGCAACUCAGAGAUUGGGUGUUGCGUGCUGUGGGUUACUGGAGCAAAACUCAGACUCAACUGGACUCCAUGGGUGGGUGAAUCAUUAUCUAGUUGUUACUAGGGGUACAGCUGAAUUCAGCUGGCUUUAGGAACAGGGAACAAAACCAGCCUGACUUGAUUCCUGGUUGAGUAGGCCUAACAUGCUAGUUGUCAUCUGCUGCUUUUCUUUGCCACAGUGAUUUGGUUAGGCCUAUCCCUAGUAGUUAAGGCCCUAGCCAAGGAACAGGACAAGACAGUAAUGGCCAGAUGGGAGCAGGUGGACCAUGGGGAAGUCUGGGCUGAGGGAUACAGGGGACCUCACACCAUUGCCAAACACACUGUUCUCGACAAGUCUUGACAAAGAUCCUUUCCCCAGUGCCUAGCCCCUCAAAUCCAUCAAACGAAUGACCUCAUGCCCUGUUCCUUUCCACAUUACCCACUCCAAAGCCUAUCAUCUUCAUGGCCUGGUCCCAUUCUGCUAAGCUGCCCUGAACGACUGUAGUAACUGUUUUUCUGAGAGGUUUUCUGGGAAUUAUGAAAUGCACACAGGGAGGCAUCCCCAGAGCUCUGUAGAGAAAAGGUGCUCAGCUUGAUUUGAAUCACCCCCUUGCCACUCACUAGCCACAUGCCUUCCUGCAAGUUAGCCUCCCAAAACCUGUUUCCUUAUCCACCCACCCAGGGAUUGUAGGAAGGGUGUCCCCACCAGCUCUUGUGGGGAAUUGGCCACCAUGUCUGGAGUCCAGUAGGCAGGCCUAGAGUCAUGGGGGCUGGUGCUACUAGGUGACACCGUCAUGCUGGCCACAUGGGGCUCCUCUGUUGUCCCGGUAGAAACAACCUCAGCAGAGAGCCUCCUGAGAUGUAGGGGCUCUCCCCUGGGUCCCAGUUCACCUGGCUCCCUUCCCUUUCCCAUCUUGAUCUUCCUUAGUCACUUCCGUUUACCUUUGCCCACAGUGCUCCCCAACAUGGUUGCUCAGUGCUGAAUAUUCCUUAAUUUUUUGAAUAGGUAAUCCCUUCAAGUGGUUCACAAAUCAUAAACAGUUAAGUCUUCCUUGCAUCCCUGACCUCCAAGCAAGCCAAGUUCCUCACCCCUUGAGCACCCACUAUUAGUUCCUUGUGGAUUCUUCCAGAGAUUAUUUAUGCAUAUACAAGUACAUACACAUGUAUGUACAUGUGCAUGGGGUGUGGGUUUGUGUAUAUAUAUAUACACACAGACACACACACACAGUUGACCCUUGAACAACAUAGGUUAGGGGCGCUGACCCCCUGUACAGCCUGCACAUCACUUUACAGUCAGCCCUCUAUAUCCGCGGUUCAGCAUCCAAGGAUUCAACCAACUUUGGAUCAUGUAGAAUGUAUUCAUUGAAAAAAAUCCACGUGUAAGUAGACCUGCUCAGUUCAAACCUAUAUUGUUCAAGAAUCAACUGUGUGUAUGUGUAUAAUUUUUCUUUUUUACUUGUGUAAUACCAGACAAGUAUAUUCAAGGAACAUUCCUAGUCAUGUGGGAAGAACCAUCCCAGAAGUCAGAAUAUCUGUAAAAGGUGAGCCCAGAAUUGGGGGAUAUUUCUAUAAUCACAUUCCUUUUGAAUAAGGCAUAUUUUCCACUGAUUGCAGCAUGAUGAAAUUCUAGUUUGCUACCCCAAUCAAACUACAAUCCCUCCCUGACCCUAACCACUGAUGCCCAAAUAACAAGACAGCACAACCAGUUUCCAGCCUAUCUUUCUGAGUCUGUUGCAGGGCACUCAAGAGCAGGCUCCACAGCCAAAAGCAACAGCACAGUCCAGCAGCUUUUGCAGGAGCCUGGACAGGCUGCAGCCGCACCUCAGCCCCCCAAUCCAGUUUCAAGUGAGGACCAAGAGCCCAGCAGUGACGUCUGGUUACAACUGUCAUGGUUUCUUAGGCAAGCCCAUGUUUUUGAGGCAGGAGUUUGAGAAGCAGCAGUAACUGAAGGCUGAGACAUCCUUCUGUUUUGUGGGGCAGAUGUCUCAGAUGUUGCUAAGCAAAUAGGUGGUCAGCUGCCUCAGCAUUAACAGCAGAUAUGGCCGAACGUUCAAGUUCAUGAACCUACUCCCUUUCCCUUCCCACUCUUUAUGAACACACUAAAAAGAAAACGUUCCCAUAGAAUUUCUCCUCACCCAACAUUUUUUCAACAACAGCAAUUAUCCCACCAACAUUUUCUUUAAAAAACAAUUAAGUUCAUUCUUGCCCCUGCAGGAGAUCCAGGUUAAAGCUGCUUCCUCCAGGCAGCCUUGAAGGGAGGGGCAUGGACUUGUGCCUCUCAUUCCUCACCCACCUCCCUGGUAUCCUGCCACACAGAACAGCAGCCCAGGGAUUCCCUAGAUUAAAAGUGCAACUUGGGCCCCUGACCUGAAACUUGCAAAGGAAUUGUAUGUGAAACUCCACUCUUCUGUCAUUUGAUGAACCUCUUGUCUUUUUCAUCGUUAGCAUUUAGGAAUUUGAGUAAAGGAGAUGAAAGUGUCUAAAUUCUGGUGAAAUUUGCAGUUGUUAACUGGAAAAUGCUGGGUCAUGUUCCUUUAGUAGAUUAACGAAGGCUUCCACGUGCCAUGGAAUGUGCUUCCAUUUGAUUGGGAACAUGAGGAAAACAGAGGGGCUUGUUCAGUAAAUAUUAUUCCAGUUCAGCUUCAGAGCCUAAAUUGUUGUUGCAAGAUGCAGUUUUAUUCCACUUUUAGACCAAGCAUCAGCACACUUGGCUUACCGACCCAGGGCUCCCUUCUGUGGCUGUAGUGUCAGGGCCUCCCUGCUCCAGGGACAUGUACCCACAUUGUGGGCCCCACCAGUGUCAAAGGACUUGUCUAUUCUUCCAUGAAGCCCCUCUCAGCUCCCUAGGCCAGUACAAGCCUGGCGGACCUGUGUCUCGGGCCAGGUGCACACCAUCCCUCCAUCCACCCCUUCCCUCCCAGGCACCCCCGCUAGAGCAGGAGAGGCAGAUGAGGCUAGUGUUAGGAAGUCCUUCCUGGUAACAGCUCAGUCUUCCAAGAGAGUGUUCCUGAACUGUCAUCUCUGGGUCUCUUGACAGAUCUUUGCCAGAAAGAGUGGAUAUUAGUCCUAUAGUUUUAAGCCUAUUGGGGUUUAUUCACUAGAUAUCGUAUAACUCCCUCAAAAAAAGGUUUAUGAAAUGCUGAACCUCAGGUUUCAUAGACAUGUUUGUACACCAAGAAUUAUGCAGCAGAAUAUUUUUAAACAUUCGCAGUUUUUUGUAAGCUAUAUAUUUUUGUAUAUUUAAUUGCUAUUUUAAAAUUUUAAUGCAUUUUGCUAAUUACUCUUGUUUAAAAAAUAAGACAUGCAUGUAACUGACUUAAAUGUAAAUAAAAA